ACAACAGUGUUGGAAGUUAGAAGAUAGAGCUUGAGCUUUCAAGUCUUGAAGAGAAGUGAAGUGAAGUGAUGAUUUGGUAUGGUGCGUGUUCGUAUAAUCUUGUUCCAACACGUGUCACUCUAACAGAGAACAUGAUACCAAGUUUUGCACAAAUGGUGUCUUCUUCUUCUUCUUCUUCUCUGCUAGUUCCUCGAUCCAAAUUCAGCUGCUUCUGUUGUUCUUCCGCCGAAACUUCAACCAUUUCCCUUCCAAAGUGGGAACCUUUUCUCAAGAAAAAGGUUGUCAUGAGAGUCGGUUAUGUUGGCACUGAUUAUAGAGGUUUGCAAAUGCAACGAGAUCAGCAUGACUUAUCAACGAUCGAGAAAGAACUCGAAACUGCUAUCUUCAAGGCCGGUGGCAUCCGAGAUAGUAAUUUCGGAGACUUGGACAAAGUUAAAUGGAGCCGAAGUAGCAGAACUGAUAAAGGAGUUCAUUCUUUAGCAACAAUGAUAUCCUUUAAGAUGGAAAUUCCGGAUAGUGCAUGGAAAGAAGACCAUGAUGGAAUCUCCCUUGCGAACUGCAUUAAUUCUUACCUUCCUCCUACAAUCCGAGUUUUCAGCAUAUUGCCUUCUAAAAAGAGAUUUGAUCCCAGAAGAGAGUGCAAUCUGCGGAAAUAUUCUUACCUCCUCCCUGCUGAUAUUAUAGGGAUCCAGAGCCAUUUCAGUCAGGAUGAAAUUGAUUCCCAUAUUUUGGAGUUCAAUAGUAUACUUAAUGUUUUUGAGGGAGAACAUCCUUUCCAUAAUUAUACUGUACGGUCUAAGUACAGAAAAACUUACCGUAAAAGGCGAGCCGACGGAAAAGGUAGCCCGUCGAACAGAACAAGAUUGUCUAGUUUGGAAUCUGAGAGUGAGGAAAGUGAUGUUGAUGAUAUUCUGAGUGGUAACACAACUAGUUUAAGCGACAAGGAACAGAGACACAAGUCUUCGGGGUCUAGUGAAUCUAGCUGUUCGAGUGAUCGACACUCACUUGUAGGCGUUCAUGCACGAUGGUUAUAUGAACCUGACGAGACAGAUAGAUUAAGCGGUUCUCAUUUCAGAAAGAUUUUCCGUUGCUCUUGUGGGAAGUUAGAAACAUCACUUGGAUAUAAUUACGUUGAGCUCGAUAUAUGGGGGGAGUCCUUCAUGCUUCAUCAAAUACGCAAAAUGGUUGGGACUGCUGUGGCAGUUAAGCGCAAUUUAAUCCCAAGAGACAUCCUUUCUUUGUCACUCGUCAAGUUUUCGCGAAUCGUCCUCCCCCUUGCCCCGCCAGAAGUUUUGAUCUUGAAGGGAAAUGCUUUCAGCAUGAGAGCAAGUGCCGGCAGUUUAACAAGGCCUGAGAUGGUGUCUAUCGUCGAGUCAGAACAAAUUCUGAAAGCAGUGGACGAGUUCUACGUGUCUGUUAUGUUGCCUCAAGUUUCCAAGUUUCUAGAUUCGUCAAAGCCUCCAUGGAAGCUUUGGGUUGAGAAAUUGGACAAGUAUACAAGCAUUCCAGAAACUCAAUUGGAUGAAGUUAGAAAGGCUUGGAGAACUUGGAAAGAAAACUUUAGAAUAAAACUAGCAUCGGAUUCGGAUCCAGAUCAAUAGGACAUAUAUUCAACUUCGGUAUGAUUUUAAUCUUGACAUUCAUACCACGAUUUAUCCGACAUUUGCUACCUACUUCGCUGGUUUUCUAGUGGUUCCUUGAUCGUGGCAUCAUUGGAUGUUCAUGUCAUUUGCGUCUCAUCUAAUUGGUUUAAUGGAUGUUGUUGCAGAUCUCGCUCAGAUCAUCUUCUCUUCUUCUCAGCCUCCAUAGAAACGCAGCAAUCGAUGCCAUCAGAACCACAACUCCACCGGACGCUGCGGGUGGUCUGCUUCCUGAAACAUCUGGCUCCAUAGUUGCUUCUUGCUACCAUUCCAAAGUUUGAGUCCCAAUUCAUUUAAACAGUCACAGGAGUCAGAAUUUGAUCUUUUCUCAUUCAUGGGAUUAUGAAUUUACUCAAAAAAUGUCAAACUUUGAUCACCGUUUCUCUCUAAAAUUAUGGUUGGUAUUCGUCUUCAUCGGAUCAAAGCUUGCAACUUUCUCUUCUUCUGGACGAUGAUGAUGAUCACAGUGUGUUACGGUGCUACAGACCCAAAUGAUGAUCUUAAAAUUCUGAAUGAUUUCAAAAAAGGAGAAGUAAAUGGUGUUGUGGAAUGAAGUAGAGGAGGAGCCAACAAUAACAAAAUGAAAAGGGAUAUUCUCAAAGCAGUGCUUGAGGAUGGAGAAGAAGAUGACCAUGAAAACUGGAAGUUGCUGGGAUGUGCAUGAUAUGGAAGCACUUAUCUUCUUCAAUUUUUUUAAUUAAUUAAAUUAAUAUUAUAAAUUCACCCCCUAUAAUUUAUUAUAAAUUCACCCCUAUAUUAAAUUAAUAUUAUAAAUUCAGUCUUAUUUUUGACGUAUACAAGAAAACAUGAUAAACUUUUUU